UACGCGCGACUCAUGUUCCGAGCCUUCUAAACAGAGGUGCGGAUCUUCUAUCGAGGGGAAACCCAAUCUACGGAGAUUGGCGCCUUCACCCGCAGAUAGUGGCUGUGUUAUGGAUGAGAUUCGGACAGGCAACCGUAGAUCUAUUCGCCUCGCGCGAAAACUACCAUUGUCCUAUGUUCUUCUCGCUAAAGGACGUGGACGCGCCCCUCGGGGUGGAUGCACUGGCCCAACCGUGGCCCAGGUUGCUGCUGUAUGCCUUUCCUCCCCUGUGCCUGAUAAUUCCUACACUGGCCAGGGUGAGAGGGCAGGGCCUGUCUCUCAUUCUGAUAGCACCCAGGUGGCCCAAAGCACCAUGGCUGGCGGAGAUAAUCCCUCUGUUAUAUGCCGAGCCGUGGCGCCUUCCCGCCCGCACGGAUCUAUUGUCCCAAGCGAACGGGGAGAUUUAUCACCCGCACCCGGACAGGGUGGCUCUUUGGGCUUGGCCCGUGAGAGGACGAACCUAAGCGCACUUGGGCUUUCGCCGCGUGUGAUUGCUACUAUACAGAAUGCCAGGGCCGUUUCUACGCGAUCCUUGUAUGGCAGUAAGUGGCGAGUGUUCGAAGGGUGGUGUGAUGGGCGUGGUCUCACAUCUUAUCAGUGCUCAGUUCCUGAUAUUUUGUGUUUCCUCCAGGACCUCCUAGAAAAAGACAGGUCUUUUUCCACAAUUAAGGUCUACUUGGCUGCGAUUUCGGCCUGUCAUGUGGGCUUUGAGUGCUCAACAGUCGGGCAGCAUCCUCUAAUCCGCAGAUUUAUGAAGGGUGCCCGUCGCCGCUUGCCAGUCAUCAGGAGGACGGUUCCUGAGUGGGAUCUCUCCAUGGUGUUGGAGGCUCUGUCUCAAUAUCCUUUUGAACCUCUUGGAAGUAUUUCCCUAAAGCUGCUGUCCUUCAAGACAGCUUUGCUCUUGGCCUUGGCAUCAGCCAAAUGUGUCAGUGAGCUACAUGCAUUUUCGGUUCAUCCCUCGUGCACUAAAUUCUCUCUUAGUAGAGAUAUGGUUUCCCUUAAGCCUAAUCCGGCCUUCAUGCCGAAGUGCUUCCCUGCGUUCACUUCGGAGGUGUUGGAGCUGUCCGCUUUUCACCCUCCACCUUUUUCCUCCCUGGAGGAUGAGAGGCUAAAUGCUCUGUGUCCCGUCCGUGCCUUACGGACAUAUAUGAACAGGACCAGUGCUUUCCGGAAGAGCGACCAGCUCUUUAUUUCAUGGGCACCCCCUCAUGGAGGGAAUCCUAUUUCUAAGCAACGCCUCUCACAUUGGCUUGUGAAUGCUAUAGCUUUGGCUUAUGAAUCAAAGGGUAUGCAGCCAACAGGGGGCAUCAGAGCUCAUUCCACGAGGGGCAUUGCCACCUCUUGGGCUUUGUUUAGGGGAGUGUCGCUAAAGGACAUCUGCUCCGCUGCUAGUUGGGCUUCUCCUCAUACCUUUGUGCGUUAUUACCGGCUGGAUGUCACCAAUAUCUCGGUAGCACAUUCGGUUUUAGGGGUGGGGUCUGCUUAGCCCUUCCCUGCAACCCUGUUGGAAGUGACGACGGAGUGAAUGGGCUGGCUGGCCAUGCACAUCCCUGUCACUAAGCAUGUUUUUACAGUCCUUUUCUGGGUGUAAUUAUAUGCACAUUGGUUAUCCUGUGUGUGAUGCAAAAUGUUUUCAUGUGCUGCAUAUGCACAGUAGUCACGAUUGUGCAUCAGUAUUGCAGGUUCAUGAGUAUGGGACGUGUCAGGCACCGCCUCUUUGGGGCGACCAUCCUUCUCUGGCAUUCAGAACCUCACUGUGAGUGUAUUGGGCAAUCGGGGAGCUGUCCAUGUCUCUCCCAUAGGUGGAUCUCGAACACGAGAUGAUGAAAGAGAACAAUAGGUUACUGUCGUAACCCCGGUUCUCUGAAACAUCGAGUGGAGAGAUCCACCAGCGUUGCCCCGCUUGCCACACGAGAAGAGAAUAUACUUCCUGGA